GGGACACUGCAUGCCCAGGACAACGUUCCUGUCCAAGCCGACUUCCAGCAGGACAAGCUCACGGGGAAAUGGUACACCAUCGGCUUUGCCUCCAACUCCAACUGGUUCAAAGAGAAGAGGCACCUGAUGAAGAUGUGCACCACCAUCAUCUCCACCACUGCAGAUGGGAACCUGGAAGUCACCUCCACCUACCCCAACUACACCAGCCCACGCUGGGGCAGCAAGCAUGACAUCCGUGUGGUGGAGACCAACUACGAGGAGUAUGCCUUGGUAGCCACCCAGAUCGUCAAGGGCACCGACUCCUCCACCAUGGUGCUGCUCUACAGCAGGACAAAGGAGCUGAGACCCGAGCGUCUGGAGAUGUUCACCCAGUUCUCCAGGGAGCAGGGCCUGACGGAUGACGAGAUCCUCAUCCUGCCCCAGACGGACAAAUGCAUGGCAGAUGCUGCCUAG